AAUGGCACCAAAUAUUUUGCCGCUCAAGGAAGUGAACCUUGACUCCAAGAAUUACACAAUCCAAGCAAUCAUUGUUGAAAAGAGUAUGCCAAAGCAGUCAACCAAGGGUUCUUCGCAAUACCAGCGCUUCAUGCUACAAGAUAAAGAGGGAACAAAAAUUCAAGCAACAGUCUUUGGCACCAACAUUCGUAUCCUAGAGGACACGCUGAAGCUGUACCACACCUACUCCAUAAGCAACGAUGUUGUCACCGCUACCCCAGAACAGUUCCGCUUCCUUGAGCAAAAAUGUCAGCUGACUAUCAAUGCCCAUACACCGGUAGAGGCAAUCAAAAUUGAUGGCUUGACACAAAGAUCUAUUAAGUAUGACUUCACUCCACUCGCUAGCCUCGGCCAAAUCAACGAUCCAGAUCCCAAUUUAGAUGUGCUGUUUGCCAUUCUUGAAGUUGGCACCCGAAAGCCAGCAAAUCAAUCGCAUGUUACAGAUGUUCGUGUCAUAGAUCAAAGCUUCCAACCAACCAUCAUAUCUCUCUGGGAUCAAUUUAGCGAUUAUGAGGCACUCGCAAUGCAAACUUUGCCUGGCACGUUCCGGUCGCACUUGGACACAGGCUGAAGACCUCGACAUACUACGGUGUUUCCCUUGCCACCAAAAUUACCUCAUCGUUUAUCCUCAAUCCACAGAUCCC